AUGGAUCUCUUCCAAAGGAAAUUCGAGGCAUUCCUCGUCAUCCGCCAACAAUGCCCAUUCCACGAAAAGCACUCUUUCUGGUUCCCUUCCUCGUCUAGAUUCAAUGAAGUAGGAGUUCAACAGUUGAGCGACUAUGUACAUGCGCAAAUCUUCCCGAACAAAGGUCGCAUCCCGAAUCCAGACCUGGUCGCACUCUCGAAGGAUCAUCUGUCUCGACAUCAGCUUCUGGGUAAAUCCCAGACCGGCGCUGGGCCUGUCGCCUUUGAUCUUCCUACGCUGAAGGGCCAGACUAUGGAUGAGCACUUCUAUAAACUCGGAAUGGAUUCUUCGGAGCCAUAUUUGACAUACGCCAAGUCGUACGCGGCUCUCAACUGUCCGCCCAAACCGCGCAAAUGGGUGAAGCGCAGCGGAUGGACGAAAUACCACAGCGAUGGCACUUCAGAGCCUGUAGACGCUCCCAAUGAAGCAAUGCUUACUUUCGACACGGAGGUUAUGUACAAGGACAAUUCGUUUGCGGUCAUGGCUUGUGCGGUCAGCCCAACUUCAUGGUAUGCGUGGAUAUCGCCUUGGCUGCUGGGCGAGUCAACGAACGAGAUUCAGCUGGUGCCCUUGGGAGACCCAUCCCAACCCCGCAUCAUCGUUGGCCACAACAUUGGCUACGAUCGAGCACGAGUCCUUGAGGAAUAUGAUAUGCAGCAGUCUCAGAACUUCUUUCUGGACACAAUGUCCCUUCACGUUGCGGUCAAUGGCAUGUGUUCGCAGCAGAGACCGACUUGGAUGCGACACAAGAAGAAUCAAGAUUUGAGGGAUAAAAUCGCCAACGAGCACCAUUCUGUCGAACUGGCCGCGCUUCUCGAAAACAACAUGUUGAGAGAAGAAGAGGAAGAACUCUGGGUGGGACGAAGUUCGGUUAACUCGUUGCGUGAUGUGGCCAAGUUCCAUUGUGAUGUCACAAUCGAUAAGGCGCAGAGAGAUCUCUUCGGUGAACUUGACCGCGAUUCUAUCGUGAGCAGGCUGGAGGAGCUUCUCGACUAUUGUGCAGCCGAUGUUGCCAUCACCCACCGCGUGUACCGCAAAGUGUUCCCUAAUUUCCUUGAGACCUGCCCUCAUCCAGUUAGCUUCGGCGCUCUUCGCCACUUGUCCUCUGUCAUUUUGCCAGUCAACCAGUCUUGGCAAGAAUAUCUUACCAGCGCAGAGGAGACAUAUCAUAAGCGACUUGAUGAUGUACAGAUCAAACUGCUCGCGCUGUGUGAUGAGGCAUUGAAGUGCAAAGACCAACCAGACAUUUACACGAAUGAUCCUUGGCUACGGCAGCUGGACUGGUCCGGCCAAGAGAUCAAAAUGGCAAAAGGAAAGAAGAAGGGUGAUCCUCCCCGGCCGGCAGCCCGGCAGAAGAAACCAGGAAUGCCUAAGUGGUACAAGGACCUUUUUACGUCGAACGCUGCAGACAUCAACCUGACAGUGCGCACUCGCAUUGCGCCUAUUUUGCUCAAACUUUCUUGGGACAAUCACCCCCUAGUGUGGUCAGACCUACACGGGUGGACUUUCCGUGUCCCUCGUGAUCAAGUCAAGCAAUAUGAGAACCAGCCAGUCGUUGUAUGCGAUAUGACUGAGGAAAAGAACCUCGAAUUGCGAGACGAGCGAAAAGCCACAUUCUUCAAGAUCCCUCACAAAGAUGGCCCACAGGCCAGAUGUACCAACCCGCUUGGAAAGGGCUACAUGCAGUAUUUCGAGCGUGGAAUCCUGUCAUCACAGUAUGAACUUGCGAAGCAAGCUCUGGAUAUGAACGCUUCAUGUUCCUACUGGAUCAGCGCGCGAGAUCGAAUUAAAAGUCAGAUUGUUGUCUACGAAGAUCAGAUACGAAAGGCUGGCCAAGGCGCCGAGACUAACAACAAUCGCAUUGGUUUCAUUCUACCUCAGGUCAUCCCGAUGGGCACUAUCACUCGACGUGCCGUGGAGAACACCUGGCUCACUGCAAGUAACGCCAAGGCUAACCGUGUUGGUUCAGAGCUGAAGGCUAUGAUCAAAGCACCGCCAGGCUAUUCCUUUGUGGGCGCCGACGUCGACUCCCAGGAAUUGUGGAUUGCAAGUCUUGUCGGAGACGCCCCGUUCCAAAUCCACGGAGGAAACGCAAUUGGCUUCAUGUGUCUAGAAGGAUCAAAGGCCGAGGGAACAGAUCUACACUCGCGAAGUGCCUCAAUUCUGGGCAUCUCACGUAAUGAUGCCAAAGUCUUCAACUACGGCCGAAUCUAUGGUGCUGGCGUCAAGUUUGCAGCCACUCUGCUUCGCCAGUUCAAUCCGUCCCUGACUGAAAAGCAGACACAGGAAACUGCUCAAAAUCUAUACAAAGAGACUAAGGGGACGCGCACUUCCCGACGCCUCUUAAGUGCGUCGCCUUUCUGGCGGGGUGGUACCGAGUCCUUUGUGUUCAACAAGCUCGAGGAGUUCGCUGAUCAGGAGCGGCCCAGAACCCCAGUCCUGGGUGCUGGGAUCACAGAGGCCCUUAUGCGACGUUUCAUCAACAAGGGCAGCUUCAUGACAUCUCGCAUCAAUUGGGCUAUUCAGUCAUCGGGUGUUGAUUAUCUUCACCUCCUGAUUGUUGGCAUGGACUAUCUCAUCCGUCAAUUCAAUAUUCAAGCCCGCUUGGCCAUUACUGUUCAUGACGAGAUUCGUUAUCUCGUCAAAGACGAGGAUAAGUACCGCGCGGCAAUGGCUUUGCAGGUUGCCAAUGUGUGGACUCGGGCUCUCUUCUCGCAGCAAGUGGGCAUCGAUGAUCUUCCCCAGUCUUGUGCGUAUUUCUCGGCCGUCGACAUUGACCAUGUACUUCGAAAGGAAGUCGAUAUGGACUGUGUGACUCCUUCGCAUCCUCACAAAAUUCCACACGGUGAAACACUCGACAUCACCCAGCUUUUGGACAAAGCUCACGAAGCGUUCUUGGACCCUACCAUCACACCCAAGUCCCCUCCAAAUCCCGACAAAUACCCCUACACCCCGCGCGAAUCGGUCAUGUCCGCCCUCACAGCUUCUAAUGACAUUGACUUCAUCAGAGCUCAGAUCACCAAGGAUGAUAAAGAACUUCGUGAUAUCAUCAAAGAAAAGACUCGGGCAACCACUGGCGACACUCCCAAGGCUCGCACCACUUCCACCAAAUCAAGCAAGUCUACCAGUUGGUCCUCGGCAAAGCCCCAACGGGCGGUUCUGAUGGACAUGGAGUCUGCUCUCUAUUCCGACUUCCACAGCUCGUCUCGGUCUAAUUCCCAUGGAGGCAAACAGCCCCAAAUCGGGUUUCACCGACCUUCCUGGAAACCACGGCCAACGGCUCGAGCUUAG